UUGCAGAAUGGUAUAAACCAGGUUGUAGUUUAGAAUACCCUGUUGGUGGAACUGGAGCACUUGUUGAGGCUCUUGUUCUCAGAUUUUCCUUCUGAUAAACUUCCAAAAAUGUCAGAACCUUCACAACUUAUGACAGAAAAUACACGUUCUGAUCUUUAUGUUGCACUCCCUGUUCUCAGUCGAGGAAAGAAAUGGGUCUUACUAUACAGUACAUGGAGGCAUGGCAUAUCUCUUUCAACCUUAUAUAGAAGAAGCAAUCUUUGCCCUGGGUUAAGUCUACUGGUUGUUGGAGAUCGUAAAGGUGCAGUGUUUGGUGGUUUAGUUGAGGCACCUUUGAAACCAUCAACAAAGAAAAGAUACCAGGGAUCGAAUGAUACAUUUGUGUUUACAAAUACACCAGGGCGUCCUGUUAUAUAUCGCCCCACAGGUACUGCAUUUUCUUGA